AUGGAUUCUCCAGCGGGCUCGGCGGCACUCCCGGCCGAGGAACAGGGCUCUUCUCAAGCUGAUGCGCAUUCCAAUACCACCCAUCAAGAGAAGAACAAGGCCGGUUCAUCGGCGGCUGCACAAGGAGGAUCUCGCCCACAUCAUGCCGUCCGAUUCAGCUCGGUAAAUCAAGAGAUUGAACCCGACGAGAACCUACGUCCCAUGGCAUCAUUGGUAUCUCAGAAUCCACGUCCUUCGCAAGACCUCGAUGCCCAAGCACAGCAAGCUGUUCAAAACCUAUCCUCGACGCUCCAGAGCUCCAGUUUACACGACCCCAAAGCCUCGCAAUUUGGAUUCGAGCCUCUUUCCCUUCCCGGAUCUGCGACCACCUCGCAUGAGAAUAGUCCGCACCUUGCAGCUGUAGACGCGACUCGAGCGGCUGCCCGAUCACCAAGGCCCUCGCCUCCCUCAUCCUCGAUGCAUUCUCCACCUUUAACCCCGGCCGCGACCCUCUCUCGAGAAGCCAAGGCGGAGGCCGCGCGGGCAUCCGGCCUGCCGCAGGGCGCGCUCGAGGCUGCUGCCAUUACGCCCCAAGGCUCACCACCUCGUAGCGUGCCUCCCCCGACUUCGCUGGCGCAAGCCUACGAUAGCAGCGCCUCUAGCACAGUCAAUUCACGACCUUCAAGUCUCUCAGAACGCAUUUCAACUCGUCCGACAUCGACUUCUGAUGGCCCUCCCGCCGGCAUCGAAGCACAUCCAAAACACACGCCUCGAUUUACUGUAGGACCAUCUGCUGACUCCGAAUCGUCGCCGGGUUCUCGAGAGACGUCGCCGCCGGGAACACCUGGUGGCAGCUCCGGAGUGUCGACACCUUAUAUGUUCCCCACCGGCGAAGUCGACGAUCCAUAUGCCCGCAGCAAGCGUCCUCCGCAGUCGAAGAAAUUUGACAACAUUGACGCUCGCUUUGUAUUUGGAGGCAAAGAUGCGAAACCCAAACGUGGCCAGCAUCUUCCCCGUUCAAGUGCGAGCGCGUCUGAUUUGAGAGUGUUUGAAAAGCCCCAACAACAGUCACAUCACCAUCACCAUCAUCACCCUCAUCUUUUCAGCAGCAAAAAGGACAAGGACUACUUGAAUGACGAUGCUUCUUCGCUCAGUGGCAAACAGCACGGGUCCAUGGCUGAAUUGAAGCGAUUCUUUCGCAUUGGCCACAAGAGCAAACAUGGGCCUUCCCCGUCAAGCUCCUCCAUUUCAAUCAAGUCUUCAGUUAAAGGCAGUCCUCAGAGGUCAAAUACUACCACCAUUCCCUUCGGUGAGGAUCAUGGUCUCUCAAGCCGCUAUGGGAAGUUUGGAAAAGUGCUUGGAUCAGGAGCUGGCGGUUCGGUCCGGGUUAUGAAGCGAAGUCGAGAUGGACGAACGUUUGCCGUCAAGCAAUUCCGGGCACGCCAUUCCUACGAAACCGAGCGAGAAUAUUCGAAAAAGGUGACUGCGGAAUUCUGCAUUGGAUCAACUCUUCACAAUGGCAAUGUCAUUGAAACGUUGGACAUUAUUCAAGAGCGAGGAGCAUGGUAUGAGGUCAUGGAAUAUGCCCCCUAUGACUUGUUUGCAAUUGUCAUGACUGGCAAAAUGUCGCGGGAAGAGGUUGCAUGCUCAUUUAAGCAAAUCCUCAAUGGCGUCGCAUAUCUCCAUAGCAUGGGCUUGGCACACCGCGACUUGAAACUGGACAAUGUGGUUGUCAACGAACAUGGAAUCAUGAAGUUGAUUGACUUUGGAAGCGCGACUGUUUUCAGAUAUCCCUUUGAAAAUGAUAUUGUGCUGGCAUCAGGCGUGGUGGGCUCUGACCCUUAUCUUGCUCCAGAGGUGUAUGACAACCACAAGUAUGAUCCGCAGCCGACGGAUAUCUGGUCUCUCGCCAUCAUCUUCUGCUGCAUGUCGCUCCGUCGCUUUCCAUGGAAAGCACCCCGUUUGACCGACAAUUCGUACAAGCUUUUCGCUGCCCCACCGAGCCCUGGACAGCCCGGAUCCACCAAUAGUCGGCCCAAACCUGAAGGUCGCACAAACUCGGCCCCGGAUCUCUCGGGAAUGUCCGGCAAGGACAACGCCAAGACGCCUGCUCCGUCCUCUGAACCGCACCACGAGGAAUCAGCGCCAAACGGGGACCACAGGAAAGUCAUGGUCGGUGAAGAUCGAAGGUCCUCUACCGACCGACGAGCAGACAACGGUGGCCAUGGACACAAGGCCAUCCCUAUUGACACCAAACCCGUCCAACAGACCGUCAUCAAGGGUCCGUGGCGCUUGCUUCGACUGCUUCCGCGCGAGAGCCGUUCCAUAGUUGGACAAAUGCUUGAAAUUGAUCCGAAGAAGCGAGCCACGUUAGACGAUGUCAAUUCCGAUAACUGGAUCGUCAACAUACCGGCGUGUCACCAGGACGUUGGGGGCAAGGUGUACAAUGCUCCGGGCCAUGAACACACUCUUGAACCUGGCACGGCCAUCACGCCAGUUACGAGUAAGAAAUGA